AUGCGCUUCAGUAUCUCGGAAGCUAAAAUUUCAGCAACAGAUUCUCGCAUUUCUUCACUGCUCGUUAUCGAGUCAUUUUCUCCUUUAGAUAUGCGUUUCAGGAUCUUUGUCGGCCAUGCGGUCAUGUUUAUGGGUGAUACGGUUGGCUCAGAGCGUGUCGUCCCGUUUGGAACAAUAGUAGGUGUAGUCGACGUCAUUGAAGCAACUGCCGAUAAUGAUUUAUCCUGA